AUGGCACUGCAGCUGGCGUCAGGAGAAGAGGCAAAACCGAAGCUCAAUGCAAAGACACUUUUUGUAUUGGGAGCCAUGAACCUCAUCGAUUGUAUCAAUGUGAACCUCCUCACUCCAUACGUGGACAAGAUGGUCUCGACUUUCUUGGACAAGAGCCCGCAGAGUCCUGAAGUAGCUCACACAGUCGGGUUGCUCAUUGGCCUUUACUCGCUCUUGGAGGUCAUUUGUUCUCCAUUCUGGGGAAUGUUUGCCGAUUUUGCGGGAAGGAAGCCGUGUCUCCUCAUCGGCCUUGCCGGUUCGGCCAUUGCCCCUAUCCUUUUCGGUUUGGGACAGUCGCUUCCCGUCAUCUUCGCUGCCCGAGCACUCGACGGCUUCUUCUGCGGAAACAUGGGCGUCACACGAACGUAUCUGGGCGAGAUCGUCGAUGAAACGAACGAGGCACGAGGCUUCAGCUUUCUGGCUCUCUGCUUCUCAGUGGGCCUCUUCUUGGGACCCAUCUUGGGAGGAGAGUUGGUGUAUCCGGCACAUUGGGCCCCGAGCAUUUUCGGCGACACCGUCUUCGACUCGCAUCCUUUCCUGCUGCCCAAUCUAACGUAUGCCAUUUUCGCAGCAGUCUCGUGGUGCAUUGGGGCGACCUUUUUGGAGGAGACAUUGCCCAAAAGCCAGCGCUGCGUCCGUCAUCGAAGCACCGUGGCCAUUCCGCCUACUCCGUCAAUGCGACGGACGCUUUCAGGCACAGAUCCCUCAGGCGCGCCUCGUUCAUAUGUUUGCGAGGAUGCCAAUGAGCCAGCGAACUCAGGAAUUGCUGACAGCAAGUGCUAUCCAAUGACAGUAAUCCAGGUCAUGAUCGCGUACUGUGGCCUGUCGGGAUGCGUAGCGGCACAGAAUCAGCUGAUGAUUCUGUUGGUGUCAUAUGACCGCUCAGCUGAUGGCUUUGCCUUCGGCCCACAGGAGAUUGGGAUCAUGCAAAACAUAGGCGCCGUUGGACUGUUGAUGUCCCAGCUAUUUCUAUACCCAACCCUGACAAAGAAGCUGGGUUUCCUGAAUACCUUCGUGAUUGGGUGCGUGUUAUGCAAUCUUUCCUAUGGCCUGUUCCCAAUUUAUGGUCUCUAUGCAGAUCCGGCAACUUACGGCUCUUGGAGAUUCUUGCCUCUGGGCCUCUGCCAGUUUUUCUACACAGCGGGGACAGGCAUGAUGUAUCCCACUACCUUCGCAUUCAUCAACCGUGCGUCGGAGGGCAUGAGCCGAGGGGCCGUUAACGGCUGGGCAAAUUCCACGGGUGCGUUGUGCCGUGCAGUCUUCCCACCCGCAGCUGCCGCGCUCCUGGGUCAAUGUAACCGACUGGGGCCGUUUGGCCGCUAUAUCCCUUUCUACGUUAUCACUUUCAUUUUGGUUCUGACCCUGGCCGUCUCCUGGACCGGCCUGCGCAAGAUCGAUCAGAAGAGUGUCCGCACAGUCACGUCUCAGACCGCUAGCUGUGCGGAUGAGGAGGGUGCGAUCAACGGCGAGAGCUUCGUGUCGUCGUCUGCCUGGGACACGUAUGCUCCGGUCGUGCUCAUGAGCGAUCAAGUCUGGCCAGACAAGUGUGCGUGCUCUGCAAACGCUUGCGGAUGUAGGUUCAGCUUCGGCUAUGCAGCAGAAGCUCCGCACUUACUUGGUGCCCUGCGCGGGCCUGCCCUUCCGUUGCAAGCCUGGUGGUCAGCCACGGACUCGGAAGCAAUGCUUUCCUUGGAGAUGGUCGGCCCUCUGUUGACUGCAGCGCGCCUCGUUGCUGGCAAGCUUCGGCCAGCUUCGGCUUUCAACUGGCCAGCAAUCUUGGACCUCCUUCGGAGCGACGAGGCAGCGGCACUGCUCGGUGCGUCCCCCGCACUGCAUGGUGAAGUGAUUGCGGCGGUCAAGAGCGGAGAAGGAUGGGCACCCUGCGAGGCUGCGGCCGUCGAGGAAGCAAAGGGUCUGCUUUCAACGCUCCAGGUUGGCGGUACCUGGGUGGCCCCACGCAGAAGUCGCCGGCUGUCACCACCACGAGUGGGCGCUGUGAAGCCAUACGGUUGGCUCAACGAGACUCUUCAGCGCAGUGCCGACGGCCUGGCUGGCCGGCUCUUCGAGUUCUAUCCGCCGGUCGCAGAUUCCAAUUUUGUGGGUGGAAGGUCUUCGUACUCCAGCUUGCAUGAGGACUUUCCGUACGCUGUGAAUGGCUUGGUGGCUCUGGCUGCGGCUGCUGGGCAGCGCCGUGUCGGAGUGCUUGCUGAUGAGGCGAUCGAGCGGCUUCUUGCGACGUCUGCCGGAGGCUGGCUGGGUCCGGAUGAGUGGCCUUUGAUGGAAGAGUCCGAGGAGGCGAUGGCCGAGCGCUUCGGCCGCCUCUCGGGUUCCCUUUGGGCCAGGUUCCCUGCACUGCAAGCGUUGGUCCAAUAUGCGGAGUGGCGUGCCAAAGAACCCGGAGACCGCGGCUGUCGAGCCUUUUUUGCUGCUGAGGCCUUCGUCUUGGAGCUGGGGCGCAGGUUGGACGAAGGGCGCGUGCGCCUCGUCGCUUGGAGUUCGGCACGCUGGCCAGAGCUGCUUUGGGUGCUGCAGGCUUUACGCGGGCCAAGAGCCCCGCGUACAGCCUGUGGUGCUGCGGCCCCGGACGGCCUUGCGCUGAGGCGGCUGGCAUGGCUGGCGCGGCUGUUCCCUAUCGAAACGGAGAUUGGAAAUUGCUGGGUAAAGUUGCAAGGCUACGACUGGCAACGAUGGUUCAGCAAUGAGACGUUUCCCAAGAAGGCGUUGAGUCGGGAGGAGUUCAGCCUGUACUCGCACGGGGUCAACAAUGCCGUAGCAUUUAAGUUUGCGGCACUGUGGAGUGGCGAAAUGGAUGCAGCGGAUGCAGCGGAUGCAGCAGAGGCAUCGCUGAAUGCUUGGCACCAACUGCGACGAUAUCAUGGUGUGGCCUCAGGUGCAAUUGGGGCAGACGAGCACCUUGCCGGGCGCGCGCCACACCGUGGUACCGAGCUUUGUGUUGUCGUGGAGUCCAUGCGGAGCUUGGAAGAAGCCUACGCCGCGAUGCCGAACAGGCCGGAGCUGGCCGACAGCUUGGAGGUCUUGGCAUUCAACAGUUUGCCUGCAGCAGUGAGCGACGACCACUGGACACACCAGUAUCUCACCCAGUCCAAUGCGGCCUUUGCUGGCAUUGAAUCUGUGCAAGAGACAGACAACGACGGACCUCGCCUUUCGAAGGUGUUUGGCAAUGUCGGUGUGGAUGCCACGCUAUAUGGCCUUUCACCGAACUUUCCGUGCUGCACCGUGAACUUCGCGCAGGGCUGGGCAAAAUUUGUUGCCUCGGGCCUUUGGCUGUUCGAAGACGGUGGCCGUCAGCUUGGCCUGCAGGAAACGCCGCUGCUUCUCUCUGCCGCCUUCGCCCCGUCAUCGAUCUCCGUGCCGGAGCCAGUUGGUGGCGAGGGUCACUUCACGUCGAGAGACCGGAUCGUUCCAGAAGUGAGGUGGAGCUGUCUACUGCGUAUCCCUUCGAUCCAGAGGGUCCGCUGCGCUACACUGCGAGAGGCAUCCGCCCUCCGCUUCAGCUCCUCAUUCGUGUGCCGCAGUGGGCCGACCUCGAGCGCUCAGAGGCUGCCGGUGCUCGUGGCCGCUUUCUUCUCAAGGAUGUCGCGACUGAGCGUCCAUCCACACUUGGUCUCCUCAUCGAGGAGCCGAAUGCCGAGUGGGAGGUCCGCUUUGUUCCGAAGCCGUUGCUGA